AUGAGCUAUGGAAGACGAUUUUUGGAAAAAUUAGAAAUUCAAGAUGGAAUAUUAUUUGAAAGAAAUGCAGAUCGAACAAUUCAAGUUAACAACUCAGUUUUUAUAAAAGAAGAAAACAUUAAAAUCGAACAAGUACACACAGAAUUAUUAAUAAAAGAAGAAGAUAUCGAAGAAGCCGAAGAACAUUUUACGUGUGAUAAAUUUAUUGAUAAAAGCCAAUUAACUCGGCAUAAACGAAUUCAUACAGGUGACAAACCUUUUGUUUGCGAUGUUUGUGAUAAAAGAUUCGCCGCAAAAGUAAAUUUAGUUGUACAUAAACGAAUUCAUACAGGAAAAAAACCUUUUGCAUGCGAUUUAUGCGAUAAGGAAUUUAUUAUACGUCAAUAUUUAGUUUCUCAUCGACGAAUUCAUACGGGGGAGAAACCUUUUGUUUGUGAUUUUUGUGAUAAAGCAUUUAAUCAGAAGACAAGUUUAGUGAGUCAUAAACGUGUUCAUACGGGUGAAAAACUGUUUGCUUGUGAAGUUUGUGAUGAAAAAUUUAUUCAUAAAACAAGUUUAAUGAGACAUAAACAAAUUCAUUCGGGAGAAAAACCAACAUGUAGUGUUUGUGAUAAAAAAUUUACGGACAAAUCAAGUUUAAUUAGACAUGAACGAAUCCAUACGGGAGAAAAACCAUUUGUGUGUGAUUUAUGUGAUGAAAAAUUCAAUCAGAAAACAAGUUUAGUCUCACAUAAACGAAAACACCACAUUGGAGAAAAUCAAAAAAUAAUUACAAUGGAAGAAUUACAAACAGAAUCAAAAAUUAAAGCAAUUGAAGGUAAAGAAUCAAAAUACAAAAAUAUAAUAUUUGAGACAAAUGCAUCCAGAAAUCAAACAAUUCUGGUAGAAAACAUUAAAAUCGAACAAGAAUUAAUUCACACCGAAUUAAUAAUAAAAAAUGAAGAAACCGAAGAUCACGGAUUUGCCUGUGAUGUGUGUAAUAAAAGCUUUAACAAGCAUUACUUUUUAGUAAAACAUAAACGACUUCAUACGGGUGAGAAACCCUUUACAUGUGCAGUUUGUGAUAAGAAAUUUAUUGAUCGAAGCCAAUUAGCAAGGCAUGAACGAAUUCAUACCGGGGUGAAACCUUUUGUGUGUGAUAUUUGUGAUAAGAAAUUUACACAACGUGCAAAUUUGGACACACAUAAACGGAUUCAUACGGAAGAUAAAUCUUUUACUUGCGAUAUUUGUAACAAAACAUUCGGUGAAAAAGCAAAUUUAGUUGGGCAUAAACGAAUUCAUGCAGGGAAAAAACCGUUUGUUUGUGAUGUUUGUGAUAAGGAAUUUACGAAGCAACAAAAUUUAGAUAGUCAUAAACGAAUUCAUAACGGGGAUAAACCUUUUACGUGUGUUGUUUGUGGUAAAAAAUUCACACAAAAAUCUAGUUUAGUCGCUCAUAAACGCAUUCAUGCAGGAGAAAAACCUCUGGCAUGUGAUCUUUGUGAUGAAAAAUUUAUUCACAAAAUAAGUUUAGUAAGACAUAAACAAAUUCAUUCGGGAGCAAAGCUAACAUGUCCUGUUUGUGAUAAAAAAUUCACCGAUAAGUCAAGUUUAAUUAAUCAUGAACGAAUUCACACUGGAGAAAAACCGUUUGCGUGUAAUUUCUGUGAUGAGAAAUUCACUCAUAAAACAAGUUUAGCUGGUCAUGAACGAGUUCACACUGGAGAAAAACCUUUUGUGUGCGAUGUUUGUGAUGAAAAAUUCACGCACAGAUCAAGUUUACUUCUACAUAAACAAAGUCAUUCGGGAGUAAAACCUUUUGCUUGUGAUAUGUGUGAUAAACGAUUCACGGACAAAACAAAUUUAGUUGCGCAUAAACGAAUUCAUACAGGAGAAAAACCUUUUGCGUGUGAUUUUUGUGAUAAGGAAUUUAUUUCACGUAAAUAUUUAGUUCUUCAUCGACGAAUUCAUACGGGGGAAAAACCGUUUGUUUGUGAUUUUUGUAAAAAAGCAUUUAAUCAGAAAACAAGUUUAGUUAUUCAUAAAAGAAUUCAUACGGGAGAAAAACCUUUUGCUUGUGAUGUUUGUGAUCAAAAAUUCUCUCAGAAAAUAAGUUUAGUUAGACAUAAACAAACUCACGUAUGAAGAAUCGGCAACUCAGCCGAUCCCAGCUGAGUGCAUACAGUAAUCGUAGACAUUGGGAAGGCCCCGAACCAUUUUCGUCGUGUUCAAGAGUUGUUGGGUCGUUAUUUUUAAAAUCGUAUCGAUUUUCCAGUAUCGCUGGAAAAUAAAUGUUUGGGCUGGGAUCAUCGAUGAUUUAGUUGUUAGUAUGUACACAUUAAAUGCUCACUUUACCGCGAAUGUAAGGAAGCAUCUUGUUGAAACUAUCCCGAGCAGGUGGAUUGGUUGGAUGGGUCCGAUAGCGUGGCCAGCACGUUUUCCAAACUUAAAUUGAUUGGAUUAUUUUCUGUGGGACUACGUGAAAAGAGAUAAUGUACAAAAGAUCAACUAUCGACGCAGAAGACUGCAGGCAGCGGAUAGUACAAGCUUCUGAAGAGGUUCGGUUCGUAAAUAAUAUUUUACGAAGAGCAACGUGGAUUAUUGAAGACCAAUGGAGGCAUGAAUUAUGGAGCGUUUAUUUAUCACUUUUUCCGUAUUUGAAGAACUCCAACGAUUACCAAAACACAACGAGUUUUAUCGAUGGUGAGGAUUUUCUUUUAGGAGUUUUAUACUCAUUUGAAGAAAGUUUGA